AUGUCGAAGAAGGAAUGCGGUCGCAUUAAGAAUCUUCGGAACAGCUUAAGCAAGGCGUACAAGUCAGGUCUAAUGGUGGAAGAGGUCCCAAAAGAGUAUUUGGUCGAGUCUAAUCAACGGGUCUGCAUCGACGAAGGAAUAGCGAAGUGGAAAGAGAGUAAAAAAGGAAUACAAAUCGCUUCGACGACUGUGAAUCCAUGGCUAGAUAUAGAGCACCGAAGGUAUUGGUUAGCAAGAUUGGACUCCACGGUCGUCGGAAUUCUUAUUCUUACCCCGAUACACCAUGGUCACUGGCAAAUUGUCAACGUUGUUCCGUUUAAUUCUUCUCCGAAGGGGACUUCAGAGGCUCUCAUACACGCCGUAUUGAAGGCCAUCGAAGCUGAGCAAGACACAUUAGACGAAUCGACCAGUUCACUCCAUUCCGACAGUACUGGCGACUCCAUCCCUUACCCAAAUUACCAGAUUUCGAUAGGGGAUGCAACGUCGACACCAGGGCUGGUAAGCUUUGGUAUCAGCGCUACUCAGGAUGUAGUGCCUAGGCACAAUCCAUCCCCAAAGCUAGAAACACUAGUUAAAAUAUACAACAAGGUGGCAUACCUAGGGGGACUAUUUGGACGGAAGGAAUUUCGAAGUAAAUUUGACCCGAAGUACAACAUUAUGUAUGUUUGUUACCCACGCGACGCUUUCGACAAGGGUAGCAGGUUCUCGUUAUUCGAAGACCUCAUAAACGCUUUGAGAAAAUAG